AUGCGGCAUGGCGUAGUAUUAUACCUGGAUAGCUACCUUCUUGACUGCAAUUGGGCCAGAGGUAUGUUGUCAGUAGCAAUCGGAGUCCAUCCUAGGUAAGUGAGGUGCCGAGGAUCGCAUAUAGUAUAGUCUCAACAGUUAUCAUGGUGUUAGUCACAGCCUUACCGUGCCGUAAUCAAAACCACCACGUUCUGUGAUAUUCCUCAACAUCACCCCAUGCGAGAUGGAAUCACUUUACAUCUUAUGCUAACUAAAGGAAAUAAACUAAUCCUAUUAUCAUUCUCUGUAAUUAUCCAUUAUCCACUAGCUUAGCUUGUUACGUCUUACUUUUGCCGGUGCGGUAAGACACAUACGAACGUUUCGAGUGUAACAAAAUAGCUUGGCGAUAGUUUCAAUUCCUGCCAAGCCUGUUUCAACGAACCGAAGAAACCAUGUCUUACGCCGAUAACUUGUAUUCUAUGGGUGAUGAAUCAGAUGGCGACGACUACGCAGAUCAAUUAUCGCCUUCGGACGGUUACUUCGCCUCAUCAUCCUCGUCCCAUGCCGUUCCAAACGUACCAAACGUCUUAGUCCCCGACCCCACGCUCCACCAGACAUCUGAGUCUGGCGCUGAAUCAAAAGCAAGAGAGGCAGAGGAGGAAAGGUCGUCAUCAAAUACUCAGAGGCCAGAAGACUCUUAUCAUAACUAUAACCACACUGCUACAAGAUCAGGCCCUACCGAACAUCCUAGUCCGUCGGAGCAGCACGCUACUAGUUCGACCGCACCACGUCAACAGCAGUCCAAUUCCGCGUCUACACAUACGUAUUCGCCCUCGUCAUCGUCAUAUACUCAUCUCAGAACCUAUCCAACACGAGGGCGGACUCCUUCCGUAUAUUCGGACGCACCACCGGCGUAUUCACCAUCGCCCAUCUCCCCUCUCUCGCCCACCAACCAACAAACCCAAUCUAGAAGCUACAGCACAUUUACCCCUACCAUGGGUGUACAGGAAACCAUCGAGAACGAGCGGCUGCUAGCCAGAGGUCCCGAGAGCAUCGGCCAACCGAUUGACGAAGAACUUGGUAACACUAACACACCGCACUGGACUCGACGAGUCAGGAGACGGCUGCCUACGUGGCUCGGCUGGAGGACCCUGGUGCUUGGCCUGAUUGUACUGGUUGUCUCGAUAGGAUUUCUAGCGAAUUCUUUGCGGAUUAUAAAAGAAGAUGAUCAUAGGAAAACUAUUGGGGCGCAGCCGCCGCCCGAGUCCGUAAAGGAGCCCGUAGCUGGACCCGGACCCGACGCGCCUGGGGUCGCCGGCCCUUUCCCGCCAACGUAUUGCGACAACGCAGUGCAUCGCUUCGAGGAUCAGAUCUUAGGCCUCAACUUUGAUAGGAACCACAAUAUUACUUUUAUAGAGGACCAGCACGCGCACCCCGGAAAUAUCCAGGUGCGCGUUGCUGGUCAAGUCAAUGUGCGAAGGCUUGAUGCCGGAGGUAGUCCGCGCUUGGUACUGGAGAUCGUCACUAACGACAAGGAUAUCCUGCUCGACGUCUUCAUGGACGAAGAAGCCCAGGCCUUGAAGGUGAGCGUACCUAAGAAGUACAACUCCCUAGACCCGAACAUCUGGCCUUGCGUCGAAAUGCGAGCGACCAUCUGGGUGCCCGAAAACGCCGAGAUAGGAGUGCUGUCACUGGGCUCAAUCCAUCUUGACAUGUUAUUUUUAGACGACUUGUCCCUCCACGUGGCGGGUUACACUAGGGCCUCUUCCAUCGUAGGAGAUAUCACGUCCGGCUCGGACCGCCCUACCUCGUACAACAACACUGGCUUCACGCUGUCGGCUCCGGAGUACACCUUCAUCCCUGCUAAAGAUUCGUACGUGCUCGACUCUCGUAUUACCGAGAUCACGACCACGUCGGGUAAGAUCGAAGGCAACUGGCCUCUUUACGACAUGCUAGGGUUGCACACGACCUCCGGCCACAUCACAGUGUCGAUCACGCCCAAGGAAGAACUCGAAACGGACCCGAAGGCUGCUGUGCUGUCCUUGAGCUCGAUAUCCGGCACUGUCUAUGCCACGGAGCCGGUGCACUUGAGAGAGCAAAUCCCGCUUCGCGACUAUCUUGUCGAUAUCAAGUCGACUUCGGGUGGUAUCCAUGGCGCCUUCGCAUUUGGCGCCGGCAUCGAACUCAAGAGUACUGCUAGCGACAUCGCCCUUGACUUGCUUCCCGUGAUGCACGAGGGCAGGGUGUCGCCGGAUCGACCCGCUCAGCUGGAGACAGCAACGACGAGCGGUACUACAGCCAUCCGCGUGCUUGAGCCGAUUUGGUACGGAGACAGGGGACUGGUUAGCGGCAGGCCGCUCGACUGCCUACAGGCGCUUCACAAGUCCACCAGCGGGGACAUCGGACUGCGAUAUCCCCAAGCAUGGGAGGGGUACUUACGCGCCGAGACGACGAGUGGCAGGCUAAAGGUCAAGGGAAGGGAUGUCAAGGUCAUCAGGUCUAUCGGAGGUUGGCCGGGAUCUCAGCUGGAAGCCCAGAAGGGCGCGGGUGGUCCCGGUUCGACCGUCCAGGUCCACGCUCUUAUGGGUAAUAUGGACACCGUUAUCGGCAGGGAAUAAUGAACAGAUGGGCGUGUGUGUGGAUAUGAUGCGUGCGUCUAGGAAGAGGGAGUUGAAUGGAUCAUGGAUUGAGGCAUUCUGCCUAGUUUUACGUAGGAGAUAAAGAUACCCUCGCAUUCGUUAAUUAUCUCAGGGCUGUGUUUGGGAUAGGUGAACGGCGUUAUGGGUUUCGAGUAUAGGUUCGAUGCCUAGGUUAGUCUUCAAUGGUAACCAUAAAUAUAAAUAUAAUAUCUCUGAUUGUA